AUGGCGACACAAUUGGCACAACUCGCUUGGGCUACUACAGGCUUUACAGGCUUUACGGGCUUCGCAGGCUUCAUGCACGCUUCGAAGCACAAGCUCAAGCUAGCUAAGCCAGUGCCGUACCUUGCACGCCCCCGUGCCCAUGCCUUUUGGCUGCUUUCUGCUUCUUUUUUCGCUGCUCUCACCCCCAAGCCCCCUCCCGAUCAGCACCAGAUACCAAGCCCGCGAUGGACCCAAGCUACUCUUCUAGUCCAGCCUCCGAACAGCGUUCCUUGGAUGAGGCGAUUCUCCGCCAAAGGACAGAACAGGGAACCGCAAGAGUUGAGCUGCGCUGCUGUGAAAGCCAAGUCUGAGAAACUCACUCCGAGGAGUGCCAGGAUCCUGUGGCUCCUCCUCGUGGUGGGCGCGCGACCGUGGCCGUGGGUGUGUGACUCCUGGGGGCCUCCUAGCAGGGGCCGCGUCUGGGUACCUCCACCCGCUGUUGCCCGGCGCGCAGGUACCUGGUCAGCGACCCCGUACGGUACCUGCAACCGGUACCCGUCCCAGAAAAACCAAGGUCAAGCCAUCCUUGGAUGA